AUGAGACCCGCCCUGGUUGUGCUAGCGUUGGUGGCGGUAGCAGUCUUUGCCGAAUCCGAGUUCGAGGAUGACAUGUCGUCAUCAUUCGCGAAACGGUCGAUGAGAAAUGCGUUGGUACGAUUCGGCCGUUCUGGAAUGCGGAACGCCCUGGUCAGAUUCGGAAAACGUUCGCUGAGCAACGAUUAUGCUGAAGCCAAACGAGCGCAAAGUGCACCCGAGCCUUUUGGUAAGUUGGGGGGACAAGUUGUACUAUGAUUUUGAGAAAAUUUGAGGUUUUCUAACUUUUAAUCAAAGAAGUUUGUCAAACUAGUCAAAAAAUAGAUUUUAUAUACCUAAUAUUUUACAUAUUGUAUUCUAAAGCCUUAUAGCUUCAUUGCUUUAGCUUAAACAGCAUCAAACAUAAACUACUAUAACAUAAUGUAUAUCAGUACCUAAACAGCUUGUAAAUUUGCAUGAAUUUUCAGUGCGAUUUGGUCGUUCUGUGCCUUCCUCACGCUUUGCUCUCUAUGACUAUUAUGACAUCUAA